UUCUUUCUUUCUUUUUUUUUUUUUGUCGUUUUUCCUUCUUUACUGUACUUUUAUUACUAUUUAAAAUUACUAACAUUCAUACCUUUUACUUACUAUAAUGUCUAUAUCCCCUUCAACAUCUACUACAUCCCUAACUUCUCUUUCUUCUAGAUACUAUUAUGACCUUGUAAAAUUCCCGCAAGCGGAUACUAUAAAAAUCAUUACAUUCCUAUUAGAGCGUAUUACAAAAACAAAUGAUAAAAUUGCCAACAACAAUAGCAGUAACAAAAGGCAUCAGAAGGACAGCAACUCGCCUUAUGCUUUAUUCUAUGCUAAGGCCGUUCCAGUGAUUGAUAUACAUGCAUACUUUACUAGAAUUCUAAAAUAUUGUCCAUGCACAAACGAAUGCUUUUUAAGCUUGCUAGUAUACUUGGAUAGGAUGUCCAGUAAUUCGAAUGGUUUAAGAAUUGACUCUUACAAUAUUCAUCGAUUGAUUAUUACCGGCAUCAUGGUCGCUAGCAAAUUUUUCAGCGAUGUGUUUUAUACCAAUGCGAGAUAUGCAAAAGUUGGAGGCUUGCCUAUCAAAGAACUCAAUGCUCUCGAAUUGCAAUUUUUGAAACUUAACAACUUCCAGUUAAAUGUACAGGUUGAGGAGCUACAACAAUAUGGCAAUAAGUUACUCUGGCAUUGGGUCAACCAGUCAACGAGAUUAAGAAAACAACAAGAAUUGCAUCAACAUCAACUCAUGUCCUAUAAUAACACCAACACUGUAGCUACUGAGAAUAAUGAUACCAUACCUAUUGCCUACAACAACAAUAGUACCACUACAAAAGAGGAGCAUAAACAACUUCGUCAUCACUACCGUCAUCACUCUAUGAAUAGUACUACGGCCACCUGCUCGUCCCCUGCUUUGGUCACUUAUACCUCUCCAGCCACUCAUACCCCUACUAGCGGUAUACACUCCUGCUCCUCCAAUCUCAUGUUAUUUCGCCAUCAUCAUCACGAAAAGUCUGCUGUUGUUCCUACAAAAGAAUUUGUUGAUUCAGUUACCACAACCAUUUAAGCCCAUCGAUGGUUUUUUUCGGUGGUCAAAGCAUUACAACCCAACAAAUUCAACCAAUAAUUCCCUUCUCUGUAAAUAAUUUAACCGCUCUUUUUCCGUACACACCAAAAAAAAAUUAUUCUCUCUACAGUUCUAUACAUACACUUUUUUGUUGGUCUUUUACCCAUAUUUUUGCUUUUGUUUAAUUUAAAUACCUAUCUACACAUAUUUACAUCACUAUAGUCUACCAUAAUAAACGAAAAUUGCUGCUUAUUUUUGGUUGCUAAAAUUUGUUCUAAAGCCUGUUUAAAGCAUAACUAUCUGUCACACUUAAUAUGUGCAACAACGAUGCGAAAUGGCAAUAAUGUGUGAUACUGUGCUCAAUUUACCGAUUGUUUGAAAACCCCAGC